AUGUAUUUGCUCGGAAUGAGAUUCCUUCUUCCUCUUCUUGCAUUUUUGCUCCCAAGUGUCCAUGGACAAUGGAAAGUAGACGAGGGUCUACAAAUGGCUUGUAAUCAGACUGGAUCAAUGGACAGUUGGCAUCAAAGAGAUGAUGCUCAAUCCGCCGUCGGCGACAAGUGUGCGAUGAGAUUCAACGUGGCCACCAGAGACCAAGCGGACGCUGAUGAGUUCUGUCAGCUUUAUGCUCCAUGGAGAUUUGAGAAAGCGGUCAGAGAAGACGCGGGAAGACCUACAGUAACCUGUCAUGUCGAAGCCACAUUCACAUGUCGAACCGGUUGGAUGCAGAUGUUUGGGUAUUGUUUCAGAAUGCCUGAUAAGAAUUUGGUGGCAAAUUUCACGGAUGCUCAGGAUAUUUGCGCUAAGGAACAUGGAGUAAUCGCGUAUAUGCAUCAUCGAUACAUUGUUGGAGUUUGGAAAAGAUUCUUCCACGGCGUGAGCCAAGUUUGGGUGCGAGCCAGUGAGACCUGGGAUCAAUACAUCCAAAAAACGAAUCGUGUCGACGGCGACGCCUUGGCCCUUGCCUUUACAGGAAUCCACUACAAUUUUGCAGUCCCUGCGAAUUCUCUGAUCAAAAUCGAUCCAUCGAUUCGUCUUCAAGUGCUCUGUCAAUACAAGCCAAACAACACAGCAGCCGAAGUUUCGUAUUUGGGACGGAGGUAUUCGGAAAUCUACUAUCCAGUCGUGCAAACUGAUAAUGGAAUUUUGGUACGAACCGCGUCUUCGUACACGAGAUCUUCAAAGAAUAAGGAUAUGUGUAAGAAGGCGGUGAAACCGUUCAUGUCCUAUAUAUCUGGACCGUUUUUAUCCAAUAAGGAGGCGUUGACAACAUUGAGACAAACGAAUUUUCCACUCACCUGGAUGUACCGUGCUGGUGUCGAUAGCGAUCAGGACUACAAGGCUCUCUCUUCCUCACAAAUUCAACAAAGUUGUUCAAAACACUUUUAUGUGAUGAAUGAUGAUGGUGAAAUAUGGUCCACACCUGCCAAACAAUCCACAAAAUGCACAAUGUUGAGCUAUGCGAUCAAUACUCUCCAAGGCACGAUGCUCUACCAAAUGCCCGAUGCUAGAUCUCUGCCAAUGUGGUGUGCGCUGGGACAGAAAGUCGAAUUCAAGUAUAGAACCGAUGAUGGCUAUACGCUUUACCAUCGGAAGAAUGGUGAAGUGGUCGGUCAUAAAUUGGUGACAACUGAGGUGACUUAUGAUGAGGCGAAGAAACUGUGUAUGGCCGAGGGAGGACUCGUGUCUGGAGUGAAUAGUGAUGAUGAGGCCGAGAAAAUGACAGAAAUCGCCAAAAAAGCUGGCCUCGACACUAAGCAAAUCUGGUUGGGUGGUAAACGUCGUGCCGAGUGCAACCAAAUCGAUGGCUUUAGUGAAGAUCCAAACAGUGAUUGUGGUCGAAAUAAUGUGAUUAUGUGGGAGCACAACGUGGCAACGGCUUUUUACGAUCAUUGGUGGAGAAAUGGUGAACACCAUGAUAAUCCAAGUUAUUGGAAAGGACAGCAGAAUUGUCUGACACUAGUCGUCGGCUCGCCUGCAUGGUCCGGAAGCAUUACAGCUGGAUUUUUGGAUGACAUCAGUUGUGCUUCGAAACAUCCGUUCUUCUGUACCAAGCCUGCCGACAUUGAUGAAGAAUCACUUUGGGGAAAAUCUUAA